AUGGAGAGGGAAAUGCUUAAAACCAUCCCCGAUCGUGACAUGGUGGAUGAGUUGAUGGUGUCAACAUUUGCCCAGCGAAGGAGAGAGAUAGUAGGUGAUGAACCACUACUAAGAGAAAUUCGCAACCGAUGGCCGGCAUUGCUUCAAGAAAGACAGAUAAGAGCUGAAUUCGAAGGAGUUACUGCCCAAGAACUGCUACCUUCAUUUCUCGAUGGCCUCGAUGCACUUGUACCCCGACUGCUGGAACUCUACAAAUCCUCAAGCAAGUCUGGAAGGUGCCGCUCCUUGGGUGCCAUUCUGACCUCCCUUGAGAAAGAUAACACAAAUGAGAGGAAGAGGACAGCUGUUCUGUUGGGACUUCCACUCUACCUCAAAGAAGAUUCAUCCAAUGUUUUCCGGCUGUGUGAUGCCCAUUAUGACCAUCUGGAUGAAGCGUUGAAGGGAAUGGAACUUGGACUCCUGAUUGCCUAUGAAGAGGAGCAGGAUGCGGUCCCACAUCAGGUCUUUGAUGUUGCUGUCGUUGUGGAAGAAAGCAUAGUGAUUCACCAUGAGAAGAGUGUAGCAUGUGGUGUGGCAAUGCUGAUGGGUAUCAUCUAUGCUGUAAAUCUGGAAUACCCAUCAGCAAUGAAGUACACGUUCGAGUUUCUCCAAAAGGUGGUCAUGAAGAUCAAGCCCGAACAGGCCUCUGCCAGAAUACAUGGACUGCGCAACAAAAUAUUGAGGUACAACAUGUAA